GUGUUCUUUUUUUUUCAUAAUUAACACAUGGAACCUCAAAACCUGAUCUUUCCUUAAAAGGAUGCGUGUAAUUGUCUCAGUUCCCUGCAGAUGUCACAGAAGCACAUUGGAGUGUGUAGACCACCUUCUAUCCCUGGUGGAUAUUUAUAAUGGAGCUCUGUCUGUGAUGAAAUUGUCUCCAGCUCCCAUCACUUUGAAUUCUGGCAGAGAGGGAUGAAGGACAGGAAGCCAUCCUUGCUGUGUCCCCACUUUUGUUUCUUGAGAGAGCUGGGGUUGUGCUCACCAGUGAUCUUCCUGGAGCCUUUGGCCCAGCAGGUGUUAAGUAUGCAGGUCCCUCUCAGAGAAGGCUGUUUGACUGUGCAGAAUGAAGUCACUGGUCCAAAGACAAAAAGUGGCCUAGAGCAGGGCUCACUGACCGUGCAGUGUAAUUAUACUUCAGGCUGGAAGACCUACAAGAAGUACUGGUGUCGAGGAGCUGUUUGGAGUGGCUGCAAAACCCUUGUUAGCACCAAUAGGACAGAGCAGGAGGUGAAGAAGGAUCGUGUGUCCAUCAGGGAUGAUCAGGAAAAGCUCAUGUUCAUGGUGACCAUGGAGGAUCUCAGGAGAGAUGACGCUGACAUAUAUUGGUGUGCAGUUGAGAGGGUUGGAUCUGACCAUAUGUUUCCAGUUAAUGUGACCAUUUAUCCAGGCUAUUCCACUGCAAAUAAUGAGGUCACUGGUCCAAAGACAAAGAGUGGCCCAGAGCGGGGCUCACUGACCGUGCAGUGUAAUUAUACCUCAGGCUGGAAGACCCACAAGAAGUACUGGUGUCGAGGAGCUGUUUGGAGGAGCUGCAAAACCCUUGUUAGCACUACUGGGUCAGAGCAGGAGGUGAAGAAGGACCGUGUGUCCAUCAGGGAUGAUCAGGAAAGGCUCAUGUUCAUGGUGAGCAUGGUGGACCUCAGGAGAGAUGACGCUGACAUUUACUGGUGUGCAAUUGAGAGGUCUGGAUAUGACCUUAAGUUUCCAGUUGAUGUGACCAUAGAUCCAGCCCCAGAAAAUCCAGUGACAGCAAGGACAACCACAGUGACUUCAAUCACUGUGAAGACCGCCAGCAACCCAUCAGUGACUCGCACCACCAGCCCCCUCAAGUGGUCCUUGUUCAGCAGCACCUACUUCCUGAUCCUGGUCUUCCUGGAGGUGCCCCUGCUCCUGGGUAUGCUCAGUGCUGUCCUCUGGGUAAACAGGCCUCAGAGAUGCCCUGGGAGGAGGCGGAGUCCGCCAGAUGAGAACUAGUAGUAAAAAGACGCUCCAGUAGAAGAAAAAGAGCAUUUCUGUGAGGAAGCCAUGUGGUUGGCAUGGCUAUGGCUCUGAGGCCACUCAGCAGCUUUGGGGAGCAGCCCCUGGUCCCUGCUUCUGCAGCUCUGACCCCUGGGAUGUCACGGAGACAGUAGGAAGUGCCAGCAGAGAGGAUGCUUCCCCCAGAGGCCCCAGUUCCUUGGAGGUCACAUGUCAUCUCAAGUGCGGUCACCUGCUACAUUGAUGGACCUUUGUUUGCAUUCCUUGGGGUGCAGGGCCCCAACUAAUCGAGUGUUUCCACACUGUAAACCUCAGGACAGAGAAGGAAAGGGGCUGCCAGCCCCACCCCACCCAGCUCCGUCCCUCAGUGACUGAAGUCGAUGACCGGCCCUCUCUGUGGACACUCAUGGUCUCCUCCAUUUUGAGCAGUUAGGCUGCUCUUCUUGUCUGGGAGUGGAUGGAACAUGGGCCGUACAUUUUGGUACCCACAGCGAUGGCCCACUUGAUAAUGCGCUCUUGUUUUGGUCCUGGGGACUGAACGCAGGGUGCUUAACCUCUGAAUCACACCCCAAACCUUUUAUUUUUUAUUUUGAGCCAGGGUUUUGCUAACUUGCUGAGGCUGGCUUUGAAUUUACAGUCCUCCUGCCUCGCCUCAGAAUUGCUGGGACUCCAGGCGUGUGCCACCACGCCCGGCUUGAGCCGCACAACUGGGGACUGUGGAGGAACCACAGUGGGAUGCUGGAGCUGGAGCAGAUCCGACACCGUGGGCUUGGGGUGGCAGAGGGGCAAGGCCACCACACAGCUGUGUAUCCUUUCAGACGCACCCAGACUAAGGUUCCACCCAAUGGCUGAAGCUUCCAGAAAGUGCUGCUGGCGAGUGAUCUUAUCAGGAGAAAAGGAGAGCCGUUUCCUUCCUGUCCAGUUCCGGCUCCUGGGCUUGUACUUCUGGGAAGGAGGCCACUAUGGAGAAGGCACAGCCGGUCAGGGGCAGGAGAAGCCAAGGGCCCUGGGCAGGAAGGACAGUGCAGGACACAGCGGGACGGAGGCUGGGACAUUGCACCUCCCUUCCCUGAAGCUGAGUGUGGGAGUCGGGGUUCUCCAGGGAAGCCCAGCAGUGUGUGGGGGGCAUUCCAAGGAGGCUCCGUGAUGUGGAGGGCGGGGCAGGCUGCAGAGCUGGGAGCUGCUGCUGCAGGUGGAGCUGGAGACGGAGGCCCAUGGGACACUCGGCUGUUUUCUCUUAAGGACUGUAACCGAUUGGACGAUUGGACAAGGCCCACCGCAUUAUGGGGGUAAUCUGCUUGGUUCAAAGCCUACUGACUUGAUGUUAAUUUCCCCUAAAACAUACCUCACGGCCACACCCAGGUGGGUGUUGGGCCAAAUAGCUGCGCACUGUGGCCUAAGCAAGUGACACAGAUCCACCUCACACUGGCUGUCCUGGCACAUGGGGCACAGUUGGUACUUCACAGGGCCUCCAUCUCCGAAGCUCCCCUCCCCCUCCCCUGCUCACGCCCAGCCUGGUCUCCCUUGCCUGUGGCUGCCACUCGCUGCUGGCCUCUGGCUUGAGGGGUGAAUGGUGCACCCAGCCUGUGACUGAGCCCGUGCCCACUAUGGCCGGAGCAUGGAUUGGGUCCCCAGUGCCACCUGCCGGGGUCCCCAGUGUCCAGUGGGACAGAGGCUGCUGCUCCUUCAAGAAACACUAGUCCAGGUCGCCCCGUGCCCUGCUCUGGCCAGUCUCUGCACCCAGGCUAGGUCCCCGUUUACUCCGACCAUUGUUCAUUCAACAAACACUGUGUCUACUGAGUACCAGGCACUGUUCAAGUAUAAGCCCCAAAAUAGACAAAAAAAAAAAACCCAGUUGAGUGCCGUGGAAGAAACCUACAGGUCCACAGACAAGGUCUCACUCAGCUAGAGAGUGGCAGAGCUACAUCCAGACCCCACCCCCACCCUUCCUGGGCUCCGCUGCCCUCUCUGACCUGACCCUCCAGGGAAAGUCUUUUUUCCGCUGCCAGGUCUGGCGCCCAUGUGCCACAAUCACGCCCUUCUGCAGCACCCUGUUCUGAGUCCCCGGUUAGCAUCUUGAAGUCACGCGUCAGGUCUGUAGACCGUGCUGUAGAAGAGGACCUUCCCUUGGUAACCUCCACCCCGCCCCUCCCCUUUCCAGGCCUGGUUUUGUUAGUAUAGUAUUUUUUGUAUGUGUGAUAUUUAUAUUCUCUUCUGUGAAUGUUUCCCACAGUUCAGUCUUCUUUUGUUCCUCUUGCUUUUAAAUGUAUUCAUUGCUUAGCCAGGCGUGGUGCCUGUGAUCCCAGGGACUUGGGAGGCUGUUAUGUUUUGGAUGUGAGGUGUCCCCCAGAAGCUCAGGUGUGAGACAAUGCAAGAGGGUUCAGAGGGGAAAGGAUUGGGUUGUGACAGCCUUAACCCAAUCAAUGAAUUGAUCACCUGAGAGGAUUAAUUGGUGAUUGAAGGCAGGUAGGUGUGGCUGGAGGAGGUGGGGGAUUGGGGUGUGGCUUUGGGCUACAUAUUUGUAUCUGGCGAGUGGAGUCUCUCUCACUCUCUUUGCUUCCUGAUCAUCAUGUGAGCUGCUUCCCUCCACCACACUUUUCUGCCAUGAUGUUCUGCCUCACGUCCAGCCCCAAAGAAUGGAGCCUGCUAUGGGUGGAGUGAGACCUCUGAAACUGUGAGCCUCCAAAUAAACCGUUCCUCCUCUACAAUUGUUCUGGUUGGGUCCUUUCAUCACAGGGGCAAAAAAAACUGACCAAAACAGAGGCUGAGACAGGAAGACCUCAAGUUCAAGGAUGGUCUCCAGCUGAGUGCGGGGGUGCACGCCUAUAAUCCCAGCAGCUCAGGAGGUCCAGGCAGGAGGAUCACGAGUUUAAAGCCAGCCUCAGCAACUUAGCCAGGUCCUAAGCCACUUAGCGAGAUCCUGUCUCUCAAUAAAUGUUAAAAAGGGGCUGGGGAUAUGGCUCAGUGGUUAAGCACCUCUGGGUUCAAUCCCCAGUAUCCAAAAAUAAAGGAUGGCCCCUACAACUUAGAACCUCAGCAACUUAGAAAGACCCUAUCUGAAAAAUAAAUAAAUUAAUAAGGACUGGGAGUGUAGCUUGGUGGUAAAGCACUGUUGGGUUCUAUCCCCAGGACCCCUCCCCCAGCCCCACCCACCAUGGAUGCAUUCAUUGGUCACCACUCUCUCUUUUUUCAUCCCUAAUGUAUCGUUUUCUUGGCAAACGUUUAUCAUGAUGUAGUCUUUCUACCUUUGACGGGCCGUGGGAGCUGUAUUCCAUCAGUUCUCUCAUCUGUAGAUUGUUGCUGGGAUAUUUCAAAAGCAGCCGGGUAGAGUCCAUGCCACGGUGUCUUUUGCCUUUGGCACCUGCAGAUCUCCCUGCACUGUCUCCCAGUGCGACACCAGGGAGCGGAAUCCAGAGGCCACCGAUUUUGCUUGUACGCAGUUGCUCAUUCUGACGGGCGGCCAGGAUGACUCCAUCUUUAUCCUCUGAGUUCUGUGACUUCAGAAUAUUCUAGCUGUGGAUCAUCAUCAUCCCUGGACGCUGUGUGGCCUUUCAGUCAUGAAUGGAAGUUUCUCUUUACGUCAGGAUUGUUUUUAAUUAAACUUAAUUAUUUUUA